AUGCUAAGCCAUCCACCUCAACCCACGAACCCCAGCCAUCCUUCUAAACCCACGAACCCCAGCCAUCCUCCUCAACCCACGAACCCCAGCCAUCCACCACAACCCACGAACCCCCAUCCUUCUAAACCCACGAACCCCAGCCAUCCUCCUCAACCCACGAACCCCAGCCAUCCACCUCAACCCACGAAC